UUAAACAGAAAAGAAAAUAAAUAUUAUUAUUAUGGCGACUGAAUCUCGAGGUAUAUUUCAGUCUGCGUUGUGUUUAUUCGCAGAGAGAAAGGCCUCGAAUAUGCGCAUGUUGUGCGCAGACUCGGCGCUCACGAACGCGCUUUAAAUAAAACAAAACAGGAAGUCGUAAGUAUUGUGGGACGUGUAGUUCCGCUUUUAGGCCGCUGCAUUUGAUAACAGAGCACGAAGGAGAUCAACAAAACAAAAUCAAGCGAAACUUGUGUGCGAUUGCUCGAGGGGGUCAAACAGAAACAGUGUCGUCAUGCCAGGCUUCACGUGCUGCGUGCCCGGGUGUUAUAAUAACUCACACCGGGACCGCGAGCUCCGGUUCUACACCUUCCCGAAAGACCCGACUCAGCGGGAGAUCUGGCUGAAGAACAUCUCCCGGGCCGGAGUGAGCGGCUGCUUCAGCACCUUCCAGCCCACUACAGGACACCGCGUGUGCAGCGUGCAUUUCCCCGGGGGCAGGAAGACCUACACCAUCCGAGUCCCGACGCUCUUCCCGUUACGCGGAGUGAACGAGAGGAGAAGUCGGCGCGGCAGGGGCAGGAAGGUGCACGCCGCGUCUGCGCCUGCGCCCGCGCCAGUUCUCACCAGCUUCGGCGCAAUCCACAGUGAAGCACAUCAGAGCGAGACCGAGUUCGUGGUGCAGAUCGGACAGAACGGGCAGUACAUCUCACCCGUCGCUAUACCCCCACCACCAUCAUCAUCUUCUUCUUCAUCAUCCUCAUCAUCGUUAGCAGCAGCAGCAGCAGUGGACGGCUCGUGCUCAGCGCCGGCGCUCAAGUCCGAGGAGGUGGUGGUGACGGUGGUACCGGAUGAGCCCGGUCCGCUCCUGGCGCUGUGCGGAGAGGAGCACUCGUACUCCCUGACCACCGGCACAACUUCAGCCGAGCUCCUGAGGAAACUCAACGAGCAGCGCGACAUCAUCGCCCUCAUGGAGGUGAAGAUGAAGGAGAUGAAGAACACCAUCCGCCAGCUGCGCGUGAGCGAAGCGCGCCUGCAGGAGGAGCUCCGCGAGCGCGACCGCGUGCUGUCCGGUAUCAGUGCGGUUCGGAAAAAAGUCUGACCCCAAAAAAAAAAAAAAACCCGGACCGAAACCCGAAACAGAACAAUGUUCUGGGAGGUGUUUAAUUUUUGUUUUGUUUUUGUUUGUUUUUGUUUGGGUUUGAAUUCUCAGUGUUUACAAACAACAAAAAAAAGUUAGGAGUGGGUGAUGGUGUCAAAAGAAAAAAAAUUUCACAAUGUGCUCUGUCUAGCCUUGAUAAACACCUGUGAGUUCUGUGAAACAUCAGUGACGUCAUGAAAUUACCGGGAAAAAAACAAAACAGUUCAGUGUUUUAAUGCCUAAGAAAGGAACGUCCUCAUUGUGACUUAUAAAUAUGCACGAGUAUGCAAAUAUGAACACGCCCCCACGACCACCUGCAUACUAAUAUCACUAACUUUAACACGGCUGUUUUACAGAAAUAUAUAUAUAUAUUCACAAUAUCCAGAUCAUCAUCCCACCAUACAGUGUCAUGAUAAAAAAGGGUUCCAAGCGGUACUGUGCCUUGUCUCUGGGUCGGUACUGUCAAGUACACUUUUUGUACCUUUAGUGCGUAGUUUAGAUUUAAGGUCAAUUACGGUCCAUUCGUAUUCGUACGUUUACGUCACUAUCCACGUUUCGAGGUGAAAUUUAUGGAAUAAAGGUACAAAAUGUGUCCUCUUCAUACUUCCACAAGGAAAAGUACAGUUAAGUACCCUUAUUUUUUCUUUUCCCAAGAGUGUGUUCUGAAGAUUUCUGCCGAUGUCUGCGAGGUGAAGGCGUUACUCCUCAAGAACUUCUUCACUACCCAAGUCUUUUCUAGUUUCGACACAAUACCGAUAUCAGAGCUUUGGUACUGAUCCGAUACCGGUACCGACAUCGCCUCUGUGGAAAAUCACAGAUCGUUUUAACCCGUUAAAAUAAAUAGUCGAAAAAUAAAAUUGUUAAAGCCCAGGUAACGAAAUUGACAUCACGAGUUAUAAAUAUGCACUGAUAUGCAAAUUCUGGACACGCCCUCACGAGCUUUUGGAUUUCCCGACAGCCUAAUUAUGAUUAAACUAAGAAGACUAUGCUGGCGAAUGAGUUAGUGAAUGAGUUAGUGAAUGAGUUAGUGAAUGAGUUAGUUAAUGAGUCACACGGGUGGGGAUUCGGUAUGGAAGAGUCGAGUUACAUGGUGGUUUUGUCACGGAUUUAUUUUGAACAGAAAACAAACCUGUGGGAACUUAACGCUGAGAUUCCAUCGUAGGCGAACAUGUGGAGCGUAAUAAACAAGCUUUGUAAUGAAGUACAUUUUUGUGUUUGUUACAGAAACACAGCGGGUGCAGAACAGACUGAAGAUUACAGUAGACUUCUAAUCUCUUUGUAUCUCCUUUUUUUUUUUUCCCCACGAAUGCCAGCGUAUAUAAAUUCAGCAUAGACGUGUUCUCUCUCUCUCUCUCUCUGACUGUUCCAUCAGUACAUGGGUUUCAUUAUUCUGUAUUUAACAUCCUGAGGAUUCGAUCCAAAUCUGCGGAUCGUCACCGUUGGUUAAAAACGAACCGAGGAUUUGGAGUAAAAAAAUGAUUCAGAAUUCAAGUCUAUUUUUUUGAUGUAGUGAUCCUGUAAGAUUUUCAGGCGCUUGUGUUAUUAUUAUACUAUUAAAAUGUUUGUUUUUAUUUUUUAUUAAAUUCUUGCAAAACCUUAUUUUCUCCCUCUCCGACUCACAGCCUGUGUUUUUUUUGUUUGUUUGUUUGUUUUAAUGGGUGAUGCCCCACUGCUCAUUAAUCUUCGUAAUCCAGAGUCAGGAGAAGCAAAAUAUUCAACUUUUUAAAGUUUUUAUAGCGCUGACUUUUUUUUUCUAAACUAGUUUAUCAGCUUUAGAACUCUGAGACGAUAAUCUCACGAUAAUAUUCUAUACACAGAGUAGAUAUUAACACCAGAAAUGACCUCAAGUGGUGAAUUGAUGUUCCUUAAUUACGUUUCUGACACAGCUCAUUUGCAUUUAGCGACGCCCACAAAACUCCAUAAAAGGUAAAGUGCAGAGAGCUGGGAGUACGAAAUGAGCGAUCGGGGUAAAGACUGAAAAUCAGAAGUGGAAGUUAUUUUCACUCACUUCUCUGACAAUAAAAAUAUUUAAUAAUAAUAAUAAUAAUAAUAAUAAUAAGCAGCGAGCGCUAAAUCUUGCGUCAGAUGAGGUGUUCGU